AUGAAUGAUUUUGCAAAAUAUCUUGUUGCAUUUAUUGCAAUUAUCAUACAAAAUGUUGCCGCUAGUAAUAUAAGUUCAUCUGGCGAAAAAUCAGUUUUUGCCCAUUUUAUUGUUGGUAAUGCUGCUAGUAUGACACUUGAAGAUUGGAAAUCUGAUAUUGCUUUAGCACAGACUGCUCAUAUUGAUGGAUUUGCCUUGAAUAUAGCUUCGAAUGAUGGUACUAAUGAUGCUAUAUUGAACAUUGCCUAUGAAGCUGCCGAAACCUUGAAUUUCAAAAUGUUUUUGAGUUUUGAUUAUGCCUCCACCGGGGCUUGGUCUUCUUCGGCUGUAAUUUCAACUAUCAAUAAGUACAAAACAUAUCUGGCACAAUUUCACUAUAGUGGUAAACCAUUAGUUUCCACUUUUAUCGGAUCCUCAAACAAAGGCGACUGGGCAAAUAUCAAAGAGCAGACUGGGUGCUUCUUCAUGCCGGAUUGGACUGAUUUGGGUACGCCAGAGGUAGUGGCUGCCGAAACAGUGAUCGAUGGUGCAUUUAGCUGGGAUGCUUGGCCUAAUGGUCCAAAUAAUAAGACAACUAUUUCUGAUACUGAAUAUAAAAGUUCCUUGGAAAGCAAACCUUAUAUGAUGCCAGUAUCUCCAUGGUUCUAUACCAAUCUUCCUCAGUGGGAUAAGAAUUGGUUAUGGCGAGGUGACGACUUAUGGUAUGAGAGAUGGUUGCAAGUUUUGGAUAUCAACCCAGCAUUAGUUGAAAUAAUAUCUUGGAAUGAUUUUGGUGAAUCACAUUAUAUUGGUCCUAUUUAUGAGAUGGGAAUUCCUUCAGGCGCUUCUUGGUAUGUGGAUGGAAUGAAACACGAUGGCUGGAGGGCACUUUUGCCAUUUUUCAUAGACGCGUAUAAAAGCGGUGAACUAAAUGCAAAGCCAACUGAAGAUGUACUUUCGUUUUGGUAUAAGAUAACUCCAAACACUGCAGGUGGCACAGGUGGUACCACUGGAAACACUGCAAGUCAAGGUCAGACUAUUUAUCCAGUUUCCGAAGUCUCAGAAGACCUUAUCUUCGUAAGCGUCAUUGCGAAAAAUACAGCUACGUUAUCUAUCCAGAUAGGAGGAACUUCUUCUAUCACUUCAUUCCCAAUAAGUGCUGGUCCCAAUUUUUAUAGUAUUCCAAUGGGGAAGUCUUCAGGAUCACCGAUAUUCACCUUGUCAAGAAAUAACAAAACUGUGAAAAAUGUAACGGGUCCUACAAUUUUGCAAACAGCAACCAAUGGAUUAGUUAAUUUCAAUGCUUACUCCGGAUCUGCCUGA